AUGGCAUUGAAGCAAGCUUUACAAGCAUCUAUGGCAUCAUCCAAAGUUGUUAAUUCGAAAACCCUUCUCACAAAUUGUAUCUACCUCGAGGAUUCAGUGAUAGAAUUGUUCGGAAUAACGAUUUAUGGUACACCAUGGCAACCACGUGUUGACAACUGGGCUUUCAACUUGUCGAGAGGACAACCCCUACUUGACAAGUGGAACAACAUUCCAGCCGGAGUUGACGUCCUCCUUACUCAUACACCCCCUCUCGGUCACGGUGAUAUGAUGUGUGACGGCCAACGAAUGGGUUGCGUAGAGUUGUUGAAUUCGGUUACUAAACGGAUUAAACCCAAAUAUCACGUCUUCUCACAUAUCCAUGAAGGUUAG